AUGUCUUCUGAGAAUAUCAUAACAGAAGCGCUAGAAAAUCAAUAUUUAGAUGAAGAAGAUAGUGAGGGUAGCUCAUUGGAAUCAGAUGUCGCUGGUGACGACUUGGGCUUUAGGAUUGAAUCAGAUUCCUCUGGAUCUGAAUACAAUCAGGAUGAAUUUGGAGAAGAAGACAGUGACAGUGAACACGAAAGUGGUCAAGCACAAAAAUCAUCAGAAAUUGAAGUCGACAACGAUCCAUAUCAAGGACAAGAUUUCGACAAGCUAGUAAAUGCUUUAAAAGAGAGUGACCACGUUGCAACGGGCAAAUCAGCUGCCCAACAAUGGGAGAAAUCUAUAGAAGAGGAAAUGAUAGACUUCUCUGAUAUACGCGAUGAGUUGAGGGGCGCUUCUGGUGUUGGAAAACGUAGAAAGAAGCUUAAAGAUCGUACACAAGUUCUUCCACCUGAGAUCAGAGACUUGAUAGGUCAAGCUAACGUGCACUACGUUUUAAACGAAUUUGAUGCUGCUAUUGAGAAGAUAGAACAAGUACUGACUACUUUCCCUGAAGCUAAAUCAGCUUGGACAUUAGCAGCAUCUAUUAAAACGGAUAUGGGUGAACAUGACGCAUCCUUGCGUUUAAGAGUUAUUGCUGCAUUGAUCCCGCCCUGUGAUAGCGACGUAUGGAAGGAUCUUGCAGGGGAGUCCAGAAGUCAAGGUGCUACACAACAAGCCGUUUAUUGUUUGAGUCAAGCUAUAAAAUACAACAAAUACGAUUUUGAUGCAAUUUGGGAUAGGUCAGUCCUUUAUAAACAGCUUGGAAUAUAUAGACAAUCCAUCAAUGGGUUCAAAAACCUACUUAAAUUCUUCAAUCAUGAUCCGAAUGUCUUAAAUGAGCUGUGUCCUAUACUUUUGGACACAGGUGACUAUGUGGAAAUCGAUAAAUUAAUGACAAAUGCUUGGGAAUACUAUCAAGAACACUUUCCAGAGCCAGAACCUGAUGAUACCGGAUUGAACAUAAAUCAUUUCAAAUAUCUCGUAACAUCACAACUUAUGCUGAGAAGAUACCAUGACGCUAUAGCAGUUAUUAAACAAUCAACAAGAUGGUUACAAGGUCGACAUCAAGAUACUUUUUGGGAUUUACUACCAGAUGACAGAGAAUUUGACGAGAAUAGAUUCGAACGUGUUGGUGAUCAUCGUAUUGAAUUUGGUAUGGGUGUCUUUGAGCUCGACCCCGAUAUGCGUAUCUCCCUUGGUCAGGCAAGACUUGAGCUUGGAGAAAGGGAUGAAGCAAAGAGGCACUUUUCACAUGUACUUAAACUUGACCUUGAAGCAAAUGUUGCAUUGUACGGUGAAGUUGGUAACUCUUUCAUGAAGCAUGAAAUGUUUGAAGAUGCAUUAGAGGUAUUUAAAGUUAUGGAAGAUAACGAGAGGACGUGCAGUACUCCUGUUUACAGGAAUUUGGCUGUUUGUCACAAAGCACUUAACAAUCUCGACAUGGCAGAGCAGAUAUUCGAACACGUUUGUCAACUCGAACCAGAUAAUAUGGAUGUUACAAUGCAGCUUGCAGAAACAUACGAAGCGCUUGGAAAGCGUGAACAAGCACUGGCUACUAUCUCCAAAAUUCUAUACAGAAGCAAAGAAACACAGAAGUCAAGUUCAGUACGUAGAGGUCAGGUACAAGAAGAAGUACUUGGAAAUGCGAACAACAAGGCUUCACUUUUAACCGAAACUUACACAAGGAAAACACCUGGUAUGAAGAAGCUUCCCGGUGAAGAUCGCAAAACAAUGAGAGAUAUGGCAAUGAGAGUCGAAGAAGAACGUGAAGCAGAAAUGAAAAUUAAUUGGGAAAAGAUAACACAAUUAGACGAAAAACUGGAUAUGCACAAUCGCGAGAUCGUUGAGGAAUGGCUCAAUGCAGCAAGAGAAGUCUUGGAAAUCUACAGGGACACAGUACAGCUCUUCCCGAAGAACAAGAACCAAAAGUUCAAAGGUAUGAUAUUGAAUCAGAAAGCCAAUUCAGGACGCAAACCCAAAGACAAGGACCCUCAAGACCAACUUGAUGAAGAUGCAAGGAGAAUUGCAGUAAGACUAGAAAGAGCACUCGUUGAUCAGCAGCAUAUUCCUAAAAUACAAGAAGAAGGAGUGCAAUACUUCCGUCAUAUACAUUUCGACGAUUGGGUUGACUUAACAUUAAAGUACGCAAUACUAAAUACAAGAUACUCAAACUAUGAAGAAGCAGAUGAGGUACUCAAACAUAUGAGCUUGUCGAAUGCACUUAAUACCCCUGAACGACAAAGCGCGCUCAAAUUCUGCAGAUUGGUUUGUGCAUCUAUGGCUAGUGAUAUAGCUACUGUUGUGGAAGUCUCAAGGCAAUACAUAUUCGAUGAACAAUUUGGUAUUGAAGGUCUCCGUAUGCUCUGCACAUAUCUUGGUAGAAGCCACGAAGGUCUAAUGGGAUUCACAGAAGUCAAUCUUCAAAAAUUCUUGCUCCGAGAGGUCAAGAUGUUUGAUGUGAUGGCUACUGGUAGUGGAUUUAAAAUCAGUAAUAAGAAACAUAGAUUGGCCAACACCAAUGAAACUGACAACGUUGAAGAAGAGGUGGAGAAAGCCCGAGAUAAUUUCAGGGAAGCUAAUUUACCAAUACCUACCGAACAAAAUCCUUAUUACCUGGGAUUCUAUGGUCAAAUUAUGCUAGCUGCAAAGUCAGCACAGACGAGUAUAUAUUAUUUACUGCGUGCUUACGAGCUCGAGCCGAAUGACUAUGUCAUUUGUUUAUCUUUGACUUGCGCAUACUUAUAUAGAGCGUUCCAGAGACAAGCGGAUAAUAGGCAUCAUUUGAUAGGACAAGCGGCGGCAUUUUUAAAUAGAUACAGAGACUUGCGUGGAGAGUGUGAUGAGGUUGAAUACAACUACGGUAGAUUCUACCAUCAAUUGGGAUUAUUGGGCAUCGCAACCAAACAUUACGAGAAGGUACUCAAAAUCGAGAAUGCAAAACACACAAGUGAAGCUGCUUUUAACUUGUGGUUGAUAUAUUAUGCUACAAAUGCUCGAGGACCUAUGAAGUCGAUUUCUGAUAAAUAUUUAAGACCUGAAAAAUUCAAGAAGAAUGAUAUACUUGUAUAA